AUCUGUUGGGGUUCCGGCCGAUGGGAUAUGAAAGGCCGCAGUUAGGUGAAGGCGUGAGAAAGACCCGAAUAGUAUUUCGGUGGCGUGUCGUGCUACAGCAUAUUUUGGUGGCUUAUGCAAGAACAAACUAAUGUAUCGUUAAAUAAUCAUUGUUACUACCCAGACCCUAGGUAAGCAAGAGAUACGUACAUUAUCAGGAAACAACUGACAACCGAUGUAGUGGUGCAGAUUCUUAUUGUAUUGAUGACUUCCAGGCCCUUUAAGAUAAAGCACACACCAACAGCGCCCUCUGAUGUCGUUUAUAGAAAUCAGGCUUUUUGUAUCGAUUUAACCCGGACGUAGAAGACAGAGGCCGCCAUGGGGAGCAAAAUCAGUGGCAAAAUGGCAGCUGCUAGUAGGGUCGUGCAGGUAGUAAAGCCUCAUGCACCAUUAAUCAAAUUUCCAAAUCGCCAGAAUAUCCCAAGGCCAAAUGCACAAGAAGCACUGAAAAUGGCUUUUGCCGGGAUUCCAGGUACUUCCCCUUCGACACACAGUUCAGUGCCAUCUGCGGCACUAGGAUCCAGGCCCCCGGGAGCUGCCAGCCCAGUGCCUGGGACACCAGACAGUGCCACUACAGUCAGAGACUUCCCCCAGAGGUAUCGUAGGAAGCCUCUGGCCAUAGAUGAGAUGGACUACAUCCAGCGUGGUGGACCAGAAUGACCCAGAGUGUGUCAGUGUUCAUCAAAUCCAAUGUUUUUUUUUUUUUUUUCCUUCAGACUAGUUCUCUUUAACGCUCUAUAACAUCUUGUCAUAUGUCUGUUGUUAUGUGUGUGUGUAUAUAUGAAGUGGAGGGAGAAAAAAAUAAAGCAAUAUAUAACUGGAA